GUGGUCCGGGCUCCACCCCACGUGUCUGCGUGCGGCAGAGUCAACAUGCAGCAGACUUCAGCUGGAGUUAGCGUGAGUUAGGUUCCCCUGUGUGUGCCCGGUUCUGGACCGUCCAUUCACGGAUGAGGUAGCUGGCGCUGUUCAGCGAAGUGUGCGGCCGCCCGCAGCACAGGGACAGGAGCCUGUACUGAGAUCCCUGUGUGCUUUGGUUCCCAGGUUGGAUCUCUGGAUCUCUGGGAUCGACUGCUCUCAUCUGUCGCUUCCUCGCUUUGCUUGUGUCAACAUGGCGAGCGGAGAUGAUGAUGACCCCAUCAUAGAGGAGAUUGAUGUGUAUCUUGCUAAAAGCCUCGCAGACAAGCUGUAUCUUUUCCAGUAUCCUGUCAGACCUUCCACUAUGACCUAUGAUGAUGUUGACCACCUGGCAGCUAAGAUCAAGCCCAAACAGCAAAGGGUGGAGUUGGAGAUGGCCAUCAACGCAAUGAGUCCCAACUACUGUCGCAGCAAAGGAGAGCAGAUUGCUCUGAAUGUGGACGGCACGGGUUAUGAUGAAACCAACACCUACUCAGCGAAACUGAUGGACAAGCAGACCUUCUCCUCCAUCCAGGCAACCACCAACACCUCCAGAUACGCUGCUGCUGUGUUUCGCAAAGGUGAACUUCACAUUACACCUCUGACGGGAAUUCUCCAGCUGAGGCCCAGCUUCUCCUACUUGGACAAGGCUGACAGCAAAACCAGAGAAAGGGAGGCGGCCAAUGAGGGUGGAGACUCCUCCCAAGAUGAAGCUGAGGAGGAGGCCAAGGCCAUCACGGUGAGGUUUGCUCGUCCUGAGUCAGAGCAGGCUCGACAGAGAAGGAUCCAGUCCUAUGAAUUCCUCCAGAAGAAGCAGGCGGAGGAGCCGUGGGUUCACCUUCACUACCAUGGGGUUAAGGACAGUCGCUCAGAGCAUGAACGGCAGUACCUGUUCUGUCAGUCAGCUGACGCCUCGGAGAACUCUGAACUGGUCAAAACCCCUAAGGAGUACCUGUCGAUGCUGAUGCCUCCUCUCGCAGAGGAAAAAGUUGUGAAGCCUGUGGGUCCAAGUAAUGUGCUGUCCAUGGCUCAGCUCCGCACCCUGCCCCUUGGAGAGCAGGUCAAGACCCUGAUGAAAAACGUCAAGGUUAUGCCGUUUGCCAACCUGAUGGGACUGCUGGCGUCCGGCACAGACUCCGUCUCAGUGCUGCGCUGCAUCCAGCAGGUGGCGCUACUGGUUCAGGGAAACUGGGUCGUCAAGAGUGAUGUCCUGUAUCCUAAGAACACGUGCAGCGCUCACAGCGGCGUUCCUGCAGAAGUGCUGUGUCGCGGCAGAGACUUUGUGAUGUGGAGGUUCACUCUGGAGCGCUCUGUGAUGAGGAAGGAGAUUGCAUCCAUCAUUAAACUCCCUCCAGAGGACGUCAAGGAGUUCCUGGAGCACGUGGCUGCUCCUCGGAUCAACCGGGGCUGGGAGUUCCUGUUGCCCACUGAUGUCGACUUCAUCAAUAAACACCCAGAUGUGACCCACAGGCAGCACAUGCUGUGGGUCGGCAUCCAGAGCAAGCUGGAAAAGGUGUUCAACUUCUGUAAAGAAGACUUCAUGCCAAAGAGCGCUCCUCAGCCAGAGCCCGUCCACGUGAGCGGGGAGCAGCGGCUGCAGAGGGCUCAGGAGCGGGCCCGAGAAACCCAGUCGUCCCUCCAGAAGGAGCUGGACGCCAGACGGGCCGGCGCCGACAGGCAGGACGAGCCCAUGGACGCGUCCUCGGUUCCCAACGGCUGCGUGAACGGUUACCCCAGCGCCACCUCCCCCGGCUUCGAUCACGCCAACGGCACCGCGCCGUCGCAGGAGCUGCAGGACUUUGUCACCAAGACUUUCCAGAAGCACUUUGUCAUGACUCUGAACGAACUGAAGCGGCUGUUGAACCUGCACAUGGCGUCCAUGCCGGCGGGGCAGGCCGCCUUCCACUCGGUCUCGGACCACAUGCUGCAGGACACCAUCCUGCUCUGCCACUGCAGGCAGAUCCUGGUGCCCUUUCCUGCUCAGAGCACAGCAGCCCGUGAUGAGCAGAAGGUGUUCGGUCUGUGGGAGACUGGGCAGAAUUUUGACAAGUAUCGUCGGCUGCUCUUUGACAUGUUCUUGAAGAACUAUCGGCUCAGGAGGAGCACGAUACAAACCAAACUAGCAGAGGAGCUCGGCGAGGUCCCAAAGGCCGACAUCGACCGGCUGCUGAGUGAGUGCUGCAAGAGCCACGCGGGCAUGUGGUACCUGAAGGGGACGAUACAGUCCUGACACUAAGACCUGCCCUCUGUGGUCACCGUCAGCCAAUCCAAUCAUCUCCCAGGUGUCCGGUGGGCGGGCAGUCAGACGAGAGCCAAUCACAGCUCACUGAGGGUUGCAACAGGUGGACAAAGAUGUCGGCCCUGAUUUCUGCUCUGCUCAACACUCUAGAAGGAUAACUAUCAUUUACGAGUAGAUUCUUUUGAAUUAUAGUGGAUACUAAUGAAAGCAGCCCCAACUCUGAUUGCUUUCAUUUUACUCCUGAUUUGUUUAGAGAAAACACUUGAUCAUGAGUGAUGUUUAAAGGCCUUCUGGAUAAAAACCUUAUGAACACAUUUUUUCCAUCAGGGUUAAGUUAUUACCACUGUUAAAACCAGGCUUCUCUCCUGGGGGGCAAUAAUAAAAUAUAUGGAGGCACUUAAGGAAUCAUUGCCAAACUUUAAAAGCCAAUAUGUUAGAAGCAAAAGAACAGAAACGGUGCAAAAGGUUCCUGAUUUCAAUUUUUUCCUUUGUUGAACCGAGAGUAUUUUGGUAAAUCAAUGAGCUGGAAACAGAUGCUGACUGUGGCUUCAGGUGGAUCUACUGGAUUCUAAAGUCUGUUAACUUUGUUUUCCUUGGAUGAAUGUUUGAUGGUUUUAUUUGCGUGGCCAUAAAUAAGCAGUUUGAAGUUGUAUUUGGUUAUGCGGUUGUUGACCUGCAGAGAUGUGGACGAUGGAGGGAGGCUGUAUUAUCAUGUGCUGCUAUCUCUGGUCAAAGUGCCUCUGCCAUUACUGGAUUCAGGACAAACUCCCUCUGUUCACUUGACAGAUCACAGCAGCAAAAACCUUGGUUUUCACUUCAGUACUUUAUGAAAAACGUAGUUUUCUCAAUUGAAAAUGUGCUACGUUAUCAAAUACGUUUCCCUUAUUUGUUACUUUGCUCAAUAAACUGCUAACUUGU